UGCUUUAAUGUUUUUUUAGGGGCCACACACAUACAUGCACACAUUAAACACUGGUAUGCUAUUGCUUGGUACAUGUAAGCACGUGCAGUGAUAUAAUUAAUCCAGGAAAUUAAAGUGUGAUAUCGCCAUUAUUAUAAACCACUUUUGCUCACAUUUAAAUCUAUGAAUAUUCUAAUUGCUGCCUUUGGGCAUUUUUUUGCAAUUGGACAUGAUAUUACCUCCCUGUUUUACUUAUUGAUAGUAAUGAACAAUGUAAGGCUUUUAAUAUCUGAAACCUGCUUUAUUACUCAGUGUUGCAUCAUUUUCCAGGAUAAAAAAAAUAAAGAGCGAACGGGGUCGUUAAUUCAUUCGUCAUCUAGCCUGGAAAAGUGCGGUCAUCUAGACUAAUAGCUUCUGUUAAAAUGAAUUAAACUGCUGAUGAUCUCAUUGUCUGACCCUUGUUACUGGGCAGCAGCGAUGGUUGCAACAGUAGUGUUAACUUCAUUCAAUAAAGUCGAUAGUUGUUAUCACCCGUUUUAUGGUCAGAUCUAAAUGUGAUUAUCUAAUAAACUACAUGAAUGAGUGUAAACUGCAGCCCCCUCUGUGAAUAACUUAAACAUUAAAUUAAUUAAAGGCUGCAGUAACAGUGCGUAACACACGCACAGCAGCCUCUGUAUCUGCUGUUUUUUGCUUUUAUUGUAUGGGUAGGAGGAGCCGCUUUCCUGUGAUUGUCUGGCUGCUCUCUCUCUCCCUCUCUCGUUUUCUCUAUCUCAGCGUGUCUCUUUCCUUCUCUCAUUUUCCAAAGUUGAAUAUCCCGCUUGCCUGGGAGCUGUUGCCAGCGGAGCGGUGCAAUGCACUGAACGCACUGGGCUGGUAUUUUUUCCCCCUCUCUGCGUUGUGCCGCGCUGCGCCGUGUGGAACAGACUUAGGAGUCCUCCUCUACAGUAUUCCGACUCGGUUCAGCCUCUAUCUGUCCACCCCUCCUGUGUUUCUUCCAACUUCAUUUGUGGCUACUUUCAAGAUGACAGAAGAAAAGAGUGUUCGGCAUGUAAAGCUGGUAACUGACCAGCUUCCGUGGGAUUUGAUGUCACCUUUAGAUUGGUUCAAUUGAAGAUGGAAACACUGGAGUCUGAGCUGACCUGCCCGAUCUGCCUGGAGUUGUUUGAAGACCCCCUGCUCUUGCCCUGUGCCCACAGCCUGUGCUUUAACUGCGCCCACCGUAUCCUGGUUUCUCACUGCUCCACCAGCAAGCCCCUCGAGUCCAUAUCAGCCUUUCAGUGCCCCACGUGCCGUUACGUCAUCACGCUGAAUCACCGCGGCCUGGAGGGCCUUAAGCGCAAUGUGACGCUGCAGAACAUCAUUGACCGCUUUCAAAAGGCCUCCCUUAGCGGCCCCAACUCCCCAACAGAGAGCCGACGCCUGCAGCCGCAGCGGCCCUACACCGCCACCAUUAGCGGAACAAUAGCUGGAACAAUUGGCGGCGGUGGUGGUGGCACAAGUGGAAGUAGUGCCCGCAGCAGUCCGGCCACUUCCAGCCACUCCCAUCCGCACGCCAACCACACCAAUCACUCCAAUCACACCAACGCCAACCACAGCCCAGCUGUCGUGGCUAAGAUGGAUCCGCGUAUCAGCUGCCAGUUCUGUGAGCAGGAUCCACCGCGUGAGGCCGUUAAAACGUGUGUCACAUGUGAGGUAUCAUACUGCGACCGCUGCUUGCGCGCAACACACCCAAAUAAGAAACCCUUCACCAGUCACCGCCUGGUGGAGCCAGUGCCAGACACUCACAUUCGCGGCCUCACCUGCCUGGAGCAUGAGAAUGAGAAGGUCAACAUGUAUUGUUUGGUUGAUGACCAGCUCAUUUGUGCCCUCUGCAAGCUGGUGGGGCGCCACCGAGAGCACCAGGUGUCCUCACUCACUGAACGCUUUGACAAGCUCAAGGCUUAUCAGGUGAGCCCGGGCAGAGUGUCAGAUGCGGUAAUGGAGGCUUCAAAGACAAGUGCUGCGCAAACCUUGGAGAAUAACCUGACCAACCUGGUGAAGAGAAACAGUGAACUGGAGAACCAAAUGGCAAAGCUCAUCCAGAUCUGUCAACAGGUUGAGGUAAACACAGCCAUGCAUGAAGCCAAGCUAGUGGAGGAGUGUGAUGAGCUGGUGGAGAUCAUCCGCCAGAGAAAACAGGUCAUUGCUGUGAAAAUCAAGGAGUCCAAGGUGAUGAAGCUGCGUAAAUUGGCCCAGCAGAUUGCAAACUGCCGUCAGUGUCUGGAGCGCUCCAGUGCCCUUAUCACCCAGGCUGAGCAGAGCCUGAAGGAAAACGACCACGCCCGCUUCCUCCAGACUGCCCGAAAUGUAGCUGAAAGGGUUGCCAUGGCGACAGCCUCCUCCCAGGUACUCAUCCCUGAUGUCAACCUGAACGAGGCGUUUGACAACUUUGCCCUGGACUUUUCCCGAGAGAAGAAGAUCCUAGAAGGACUAGAUUACCUAACAGCUCCCAAUCCACCAUCCAUAAGAGACGAGCUGUGCACCGCCUCACAUGACACCAUCACUGUUCACUGGACGUCAGAGGACGAAUUCAGCGUCACCUCCUACGAGCUGCAGUACACCAUCUACACUGGCCAAACAAACUUCAUCAGUUUGUACAACUCGGCCGACAGCUGGAUGAUCGUACCUAACAUCAAGCAGAACCACUACACGGUGCAUGGCUUGCAGAGUGGCACCCGUUAUAUCUUCUUUGUCAAGGCUAUCAACCAGGCAGGAAGCCGCAACAGUGAGCCAGCCCGCCUCAAAACCAACAGCCAGCCCUUCAAGUUGGACCCAAAAACAGCCCACAAGAAGCUGCGUCUGUCCAACGACUGUCUGACCAUGGAGAAGGACGAAAGCUCGCUGAAGAAGAGCCACACCCCGGAGCGUUUCAGCGGCACAGGCUCCUAUGGUGCUGCUGGUAAUGUCUUCAUUGACAGCGGGUGCCACUACUGGGAGGUGCUGCUGGGAGCAUCCACAUGGUAUGCCAUCGGCGUGGCUUACAAAUCUGCCCCAAAAAAUGAAUGGAGUGGCAAGAACUCAUCCUCAUGGGUGUUCUCACGCUGCAACAACAACUUCAUGGUGCGCCAUGAUGGCAAGGAGAUGUUGGUGGAGGCAAGCCUGCAGCUGAGGCGGCUGGGUGUCCUGCUGGACUAUGACAACAAUUCAUUGUCCUUCCAUGAUGCCAUGAACUCCCAGCACAUUCACACCUUUGAAAUCUCCUUCCUCCUGCCCGUUGUAGCCACUUUCAUGAUUUGGAAUAAGUCAGUCAUGAUACUCUCAGGGCUACCCGUCCCCGAUUUUGUUGACGGCAUGGCUCCAGAUCAUCAAGAGCAGCAGCAGCAGAUGGGCCUGUGCCGACAAGAGUCGCCAUACUUGACCGGGAUGAAGUCCUGUCACUGAGAAAAGGCUUAGUGUGGCCUAGCAGAGUCCACUCAGGCCCAGUGACUCAAAGACUGAUUGGGAGCUGAAAGAUGUUCACAGUGUGGCUGAAUUCUGCUCUAUCCUCUGAAUUAAGAGUGGACUAGUUACUUUCUUAUGGAUUUAGAAAGUGUUGGAAAUAUGCACACCAGUCUGGAAAAUGUCAGUCCUAUUAGUUUGUAGCCACCCAGUGCUUUGCUAAUCCAUCAGUGAAUAGGAAAAAACAUCAGUAGACUUCAUCUGACACCGUGGAGUCACUGAGGAAGAGGGCUUUGGUCUGUCAUUGGGCAGGGAUGGAGAUGUGGUUUUCUCGACCAUUUAAGGUCUUCUUUUUUGAUUUGUUUUCCUCCUGAUUUGACACUAGGCAGAAGACCAAGAAGGGAAUGUUCUCAUCAGCCAUUUAGAGUAUGAAGAUACAACACAUGAACAGUGAGAUUACUUAAUAUCUGGCCUGCAUUCAAUUAAAAAAGUAUCCUUCAGUUAAUUGAAUUCUAUACAUCUAUAUUUCCGUCAGAUCCAGGUUGAGUGAUAUGUCAGGUGAACUUAAUUUGACACACAUAACAUCUGAUGAGAAAUGGCAGUUAAAUGCAGAUGUGCCAUCUUGGAGUUCACUGUGUGAGCGAGAUGUUGUACCUUGCUAUGGCAAACUGCUAGAUGUAAACAUUUUGUGUUAUAAUAGGGCGCAUUACAAGCCUUGUCCUGAUGUCCCUUUUCAUAUGUUGUACCCUCACUGGCUGUAAUUAGCAGUCUUUUCCUUGAUCGUCCUUCUAGAUUUGACCCAACAGUCCUGUUUGUAUCGGGUGGGCUGCAGCUUCCAGGUUUCAGGAAGUGUUAACGUGGCUCCCAGAUAUUAGUGAGAUCACAGGGGGAAGAUUUGCAUCAUGUGACUACUCAACUUGUAUAAUAAGAGGUUUAUUGAAUAUUAGAUGAAAAAAGUGUUAUUUAUGAUGAAAAAGAUGGUUUACUUUUCUUAUUAAUCUCAACAUAUUCAUGAUGCACUUUUUAAUGAACACUAUUUUCCCUCUAUGAGUAUUAAAGUCGACGGAGCUGAGUUGCAGGGCUGCAAUGGGGAAGGGAGGUUACAACUAGCACUUCUGCUGGUUGGGUUCACCCAACAGAAAACUAGCUAUUUUUCCCACUUACAUUAACAAAAUAAUUGAUGGUCAAUAAUUAAUGAUGGAUGUUGGUUAUUAACUACUUUUUGCAAUAAAAUACCAGUGAUUUUUUUUGUUUUGCAAACAUCUAACGUGACACUUAACAGAUAAUAGAACAAAACAGAAGUCUGCUGAAAAGUGAACAAGUUUUUCCACUUUUGUUUCAGCACAACCAGUGACUUUCCCUUCCCAUUGCUUUUUUUCGAUAGCAUAGAAUAAAUUUAUCUUGUUUAGAAAAGGGAUAUGAUUAUGAUGUUUAUGCUUUUUUUAUCAUGAUAAAAUGAUGAUAAACUAAUAGCUGUUUUUUAAAAAGCUUCACUCUGUUUUCAACUAUUCAGGGAAGGAGGGGGUUAACACUUUAACUUGCUGUCUGUCGCAAUGUCAUGGCAUGAUUGUGUUUUCCCUUGUAAUUUGUUAACACGUGCGCACAUACACACACAUACACGCCAACACGCACGUCAUGUUUCAUUUAGGUUGGCCUUGUCGUGAUAAAUGCAUGAAACAUUGUAGGAUCCCACAUCGGUUCACUGGGUAAUUUAAGUAGCUCUAUCAACAAAUCUUGUUUCCAUCAGAUACUGACUCACCGACGCAUUCGCUUACAACAGUCUUGACCUCAAACUCUUUUUCUUUUUUGUCAUCCAUCACAAUUCAAGUAACAGCUGGAUCCAGUGUUUGCUUUUUUCUUGUGGGAAAAGGAUUUGAAGGCCUUGUGUGGGUGACAGUGUUCUCUCUGGCUUGAUGUUCAGGCAGCCGCUCUGAUUCCGACAAUCAAAUAUGUAUCAAAGUUUAUGCAGAUUUAAGAAGUUGUAUAGAAGGAAACAGCGAGGAACGAUAGUAAGAAAAUUACACUGGAAGUUUUUUUUUUAAAAAGAUGCAUUUUACGUUCCACGUUGUAGGAUUUGACAUGAAGAACCUUCAUGGCCAUUUUCACUCUUAUUACACAUCAUGCAGCAGGUAUGUACUAUAUGUUGAAUGUCAUGUAAUAUUUGUAUUCUGCCAGACUAUGAUUUCCUUGAUGUGAAAAAACACAAACACACAGAUUUCGAUAAGUUGCUAGUAACCUUAGUUACUUACUGAUGAGUCAAAGCAAAGAUGCAACAAUGCGAAACUCUCAGCUGUGGAAAGGUAGUGAAAAUCUGACAUGUUGUGGCCUACCAGUGUACCAGCAGUGUUCAUGUAGAGCAACUGCGUGAUACUGUCUGUCAUGAUUAUUUGAUUGAGAGUGUUACUGGCACCAGAGAUAAUCCACUGAUCAAAACUAACACAGUGGGAGCUCCAGUAUCGGUAGGGGGUGGGGUAUUUUUUCUGACAGGGAGAUCAGUGAAUGUUACCUGACUGCCAGAUAUCCACCCAUCUUGUUGAAUAAUGUCGGUCACAGACUCAAAACGGCCAUGUGUUGAUUUGUGAUCCAGACUGACAAUCUCAACUCAUCCGUGCAAGCGUGCUUUGGCUGGGUCACUGCAUGAUUAUGUGACCUUGCUGCAGGUUCAUAAAUCUUUCCUUAUCUUUACGAUGAGGUUUCUUCUCUCGUGUCAAGCAUAAUCUUUUUUUAAACUUUUUUUUUGCAAAAAAAAGAAUAAACCAUGACAAGAACACUCAGACAUGAAAUGUUCAUUGCCAUGCAUAUCAGAUAGUUUGCAGUGCUCUUUCUUUCUUUGUGUCAUGAGUCAAUACAGUAAAAUAUAUACGGUGAAUGAUUUUCAAUAGCUACCAACUCCCUAUAGUGCAGUGUAAUACCCUAGAGACAAUGCAAUAGAUUCUCCUUUUUGCUUUUCUUUGUGUAACUUGGGAAAUUAUUUUUUACAACUCAAGAGAAACAUGCUCCUCUCCUUUUUGGCAUUUGGACUUUGAUAAACAGCACAAAAGGAGCAGCUUUGCAUUCAUGCAGGGCUUUCUGUUUCCAUAGAUAUAACAGAGAUAAUUUUAGCCAGAGAGGAAUGUAAAUCAUAGGGGGAAAUAUAUAUUAUAUAAAAUUGUAUAAUAUACAAAAUAUAUAUGAACCAAUGUUAUUUAUGUGAAUUUAAGUCCAAUUAAAAGUCUGAU